AUGGAUCAUCAGGUUCAUCCAGCGGAAACUGCUCCUGUGGGACAGAGACUAUCAAGAGAAAGUCAACACUUGCAGCAAGAACACGUACCAGGGAUGUCAUCACAAAUACAUCUACCGCCGCUGCAACACGUAACACCACCGACACUGCUACAAGUUCAAGAACCAGCAUCGCAACAAACAGAGAUACCAUUGCAACCAUUACAAACGCCGAGAUCGCAACAACAGUUGCCAAAUGAUGGCGGUGCCUCUGAUCUAGCUGAGAAAAUGAUAUACGCUUUCCCUGAACAUGUUUCGAUCGGUUUCACUGACACAUUCAAGGAGUCUGAGGAUUUCAAAGGAUUCGAAUGUAACGGGUUAAUCUAUAAAUACACUCACUUGGUGUGUUACGGUUUCCUCGCCCUUGUCUUUACCCCGAUGAUUGCGUUUUUCUGGGCGUUAUUUUUCGCAUCGGUCAACCACGGGGUAGUGUGGUGCAUCCAGCCUUGCUAUAGGACGUUCUACAUCGCCUGCAGGCUUUGCCAUAUGGUGUACAGGCCUUGUGUUCGACAAUGCUUUGAUCCGCUUAGCAAACGCGGUGUCAAGGCUCAGCUGACGUUGAAUUGAAUGAAGAUGAUGACAGGGGCCGCGGAACGGUUUUCAAAG